UAAAAUUAAAAUUUCAACUUCAAUCAAGAGCAAGUCAGUACCAAAAAAUGCCGGAUCCGAACGAACAAGACAUCGACCACGUCCAGCAGAAGCUCAACAAAAUAUUCGAGACUCGAUAUGACACUGACAGGGAAAUUGUGGACAGCCUUAAAGACUUAUCGACCUUCUUCACUGACAACACACUUGAUUCCCGCCGGAAUCUCCGUUCACAAAUUGAAAGACGUUCUUUAGAAAUUAACAAAAAAUUCCUAGCUGCAUUCCGAGGUGUAAAAGUGUCGCUGGAUUCUCUGUCAUCGGAAGUUGAUUCCAUGAACAAGUCAGUCACUAAAAUGCGAGAAACUUUACAGCAAACACAGACACAAACUCAUGAAUUGAUUAAUCAGACGAAUGACUUGCAGAUUGAAAGAUCAAAGCUUCAAGUUCAUCAUGAUGUUGCUGUAGCUUUCUUGUCUCACUUCCAACUAUCCCAUGCUGAUCAUCAGAUCCUUUACGGAACCACCAGAGAUGAGAAAAUUUCCCUUGAAUUCUUCCGAGUCCUCGAGCAUGUCCAGUCAAUUCACAAUGAAUGUCGUUCCUUAAUUCAAAAUGGAUUUGAGAGUCUAGCAAUGGACAUAAUGGAGGAAAUGGCAAUGCAUCAAGAAGCAGGGCUAGAAAGACUCUACAGAUGGACACAAUCACAUUGUAGGAACCUCGAUGUAUCCAAUGAACUGACAAAUUUAAUAAUUAUGGCAAUGUCAAAGCUUCAGGACCGUCCAGUUCUCUUUAAGUAUGUGAUUGAUGAAUUUUCAACAAAUCGACGAUCAGUUCUUGUCAAAGUGUUCAUUGAGGCACUGACUAUUGGUGAGCAUGGCAACAAACCAAUCGAAUUUCAUGUCCAUGACUCGAAAAGAUACAUUGCUGACAUCUUUGCAUGGCUGCAUCAAGCAAUCCACAACGAACGUGAAAGUUUAUUAAUCCUCUGCAGGAACUGCGAUAAGAAUGACUUGACUGAAGUCAUUGACGGUGCAUUAGCAAAUAUUGCGGAUGGUGUGGCACAUCCACUUCGUGUUAGGAUUGAUACAGUAUUAAAUACAGUCAAUGACACAAUUGUGCUUUAUUCCAUAGCCAAUCUAGUCAGGUUCUACUACAAUAUUAUUAGAGGAAUGGUCAAGACUGGACAGCUGGAAAAUACCCUUAAUGAAGUCCAGAGAAUAUCUGAGCAGUUCUAUCUAAAUUCAUUAACACAAAAUGUUCGUGACAUCCUGAACACCCAACAGGACCUAAAACAGUCAGACAUGCUGAUUGCACCACCAGCAGUCAAGAGGCUCCUCAAUAUGCUCAAAGAGCUUCUGAAUGUUGCUAAUAUGGUCGAAGGAAGGCAACAGGAUAUCCAAAAAAUUGUUGGUGUUGUCAUUGAUCCGCUUUUGCUGACUGUGACUGAACAGAUUACACAUCUACCAGCUAUAGACAUGGCUGUCUACUUCCUGAAUGUUUUGUAUGAAAUAAUCAGCACACUUGGUGUCUAUGAGUUUAUUGAUGAGCGCAUGGAAAGACUGAAUGGACAGGCUGAUGCACAGAUUGAGACAUUGACGAGUGAGCAGGCAAGCAGCAUUGUUGCUAAUUUGAAUCUUGGACCUAUUUAUACAGUCUUGCAGAGUCCAAUAGAAAGUGACAAUAAGCUUGACAUUCAUCAUUUAAAGAUGUGCAUGAAUAAGCUUGACUCGUUUAUUGAAUGUCCAGAGAUGCUGAUCCUUCCACAGGUCAACUUGCUGCAAAGCACAAAUUAUGCAGGAAUUGUUCAAAAGAGAGCUUUUAGUGUCAUUGCUGCAAUUUAUAAGCAACUUUAUGAGAAGAUUCAUUCUGGAGAAUAUCCAAAUCCUGACCAGUUGUUGAGUAAGAAGCCUGAGGAAGUUCAUGCUAUGCUUGUUGGAAGGUAAACAUAAAAGGAAUUAUUG